GAAAAAUGAAAAAAAGCGAAGAAACGAAGUUAGCCUACUUCCUAUACUUCACUACUUCUGACUUACUAUACUGUUCACUGAUCCAAAAUCUAUGUCAAGUCCCAAGUUCGAACUAACACUAAAACUAAAAGACGCCAUAUGAAUAGGUGGAGAUUGGGGACCAGAAUGUCCCCUGUUGUAUUCCUCAUGGCUGUGAUUUCCCUUGUUGUUGUCAAAAGCGAUAGAAUCCACCAGGAACAUGGAGACAUCGAAAAUGUUGACAGUGUUCCUGCUGUGUGCUCUCGGGCCUGUAAAGAAGUCAGUAUCAAUGGCACUGCCACGGAUUUGUUUUGCAAGAAGCAUCCUGAGCUUCGUGUUGUUGGGCGCUGUUGUCUGAAUGAAACAGAACAUGCCACACUAGUGUUGGGGUCACUGGAAGCGAAUCCAAUACAGAACGUCACUGAGGCUGAUUUAACAAAGAACACAGAUAUUAUGUACUUAUGUUUACCUCCUGAUAUACCAUGCCCUGGUGGACAAGAUGCAUGGAGAUCGGAGGACCUCAUAAAUAACGUGCGGAUUUGUAGAGAGGAACUGAAUCCUUGUAAAUAUAGAAACGGCUUCAGCCUCACAGAAUGUUUAUGCAAUGAGGGAUUUCAUGGCUACAAGUGCAUGAAUGAGGGAACAUUUCCGACUAUGGCUUUUAUAGCAGGAGUUUCAAUACCUACAGUUUUGAUCAGCAUCUUUUUAUGGGUGACACAACGCAGAUACGUGGUGCGAGUCACAAAGCAGAAAUAAAAGCCUGUUGCAACAACUGUGUAAAGUGCAUGAUUUGUGCGGAAAAAAUAUUUUUGAGAGUGAGUGUUUGUAUGAUUGUAUGACAUCAGUGACAUGGAGUGUAUUCUUACGUAUAAAGGAAGUUGUGAAUGAUAAUUAUUUCAACAUAUUUGCACUUAUCCAUGUUUUUUAAAAUAGACUUGAUAAACAUGUCUUUGGAGGAACAAAUUUAAUUGGAAUCUAUAUUGAUUUUCAUGCUCUAGUAGCAUAUUUUCUUUUCAUAGCCAACAUCUUUGUGGUCAUCACCUCUUUGUCCGUACUGUCCUCUCUUCUUUAGGCUUCUCUUAUUAGUUCAUUUCUUUUGCAUAUUCAGAGCAUUUUUCUGUAGCAGAUUUGUGAUUUCAUCACCUGUAUAAUUCCUUCUUUACUUAUGGAAAUUCUUGCUUCAAGAAUUUUCUAUUUUGUUGAUAGCCAAAUAGAUAUGCCUUUUGCAAUACUGGUACUCAUUUCGACUUUUAAAAUAAAAAUAAAGUCUUUUAAUUUCAUUGUUUAAUACUCUUCCUGGGCGGCCUUGUCUGUAUUUUAGAAAUGCCACUGGAUACUACAUUCCCAUCACUGUUUGGUAGCUAGUGUGUAUUUUAUGUGUGUGCGAGUUUAUACAGGAAGUUCAAUGCUCUGUCUUUAUGUGUCGACUGAUGGUGGUCAUAUUCAUCACCACCGUGACACUUCAAAUAGAAUCUUUAUGUUUGGAUGCACAUGUAUAUGAGAGUUGUUGGAUUAAUGCAUUGUUUCGCAUAGAUUACUACAUCAGUUGACUUUUUUAUGUAGACUUUUAGGGAAAUCAUCUGUGCUUGUUUAGUUGCAUUUAAAACUACCAAUGUGUUGACUACAAAUGUGUCAUGAUGUUGUGGAAUCAGGUUCUCAUCAAAAUUUUGAACAUGUUCAGUAAUUGGUAGCUUAUCAUCUUAAAGCUUGUUUAUCUUAUCUAUCUUUUGAUGAAAAAAA